AUGGCCUCCCCGCCGAAGCCCUGGGAGAGGCAGGGCGCCGCGCCCUCCACAACUGCAGCAGCAGCCCCCUCUUCCGCUACUACCACUUCAUCUACUACCUCACCUGCCAUUCCCUCAACCGCCGCAUCAUCUACCGCCAUCGCGCCCGCCAUCCCCGCGAUACCAGCCUCCCUGACGUCAGCCGUCAACCAAAACGCAGCCCAGUACAGUAGGCCUCUGGGUGCUUCCCCCUAUGGAUCCUACGGCUCAGCGUACUCCUCGCCCUACUCAUCACCGUACUCUAGAUACGGCGGCUACGGCGGCUACGGCGGAGGUAUGUACGGAGGUUACGGCGGCGGCAUGUACGGCGGAGGCAUGUACGGAGGCAUGCCGGGCAUGGGCGACCCCAACGACCCCAACAGCCUCACACAGCGGUUCAACACGAGCACGCAGGCGACCUUCCAGAUGCUAGAGGGUAUCGUAGGUGCCUUUGGAGGGUUCGCGCAAAUGCUGGAGAGCACGUACAUGGCGACACACUCGAGCUUCUUUGCUAUGGUCUCAGUAGCAGAGCAGUUCGGCAACCUGCGCGACACGCUCGGCUCCGUGCUGGGCAUCUUCACCCUGAUGCGCUGGAUCAGGACCCUCAUCGCCAAGCUCACCGGCCGCCCGCCCCCGGUCGACGCCACCGCGCUGACGCCCGCCGCCUUUGCGCGCUUCGAGGGCCGGCAGCUGCCCUCCCCCGACGGCGCCCACCAGCCCCCCAAGCCCAGCCGCAAACCCCUCUUCUUCUUCGUCCUCGCGGCCUUCGGCCUGCCCUACCUGAUGAGCAAGGUCAUCAAGACGCUCGCCGCCUCGCACGAGGAGGAGGAGCGCCGCCGCAUGGCCCUGCAGCAGCAGCAGCAGCAGCAGGCCGUGGUCGACCCGGCCAAGCUCGAGUUCUGCCGCGUCGUGUACGACUUCACGCCCGAGCAGGGCGCCGCCGCGGUGCCGGGCGUCGACCUCGCCGUGCGCAAGGGCGACUUCGUCGCCGUGCUGAGCAAGGCCGACCCGCUCGGCAACCCGUCCGAGUGGUGGCGGUGCCGCACGCGCGACGGCCGCCAGGGGUACCUGCCCGGCUCGUUCCUGGGCCCGCCGCAGCGGCCGGGCCAGCCCGUGGCCGCGAUCAAGGCUGCUGCUGCUGCGUCGUCGACGGCGGCGAGCGAGGACGGCGCCACCACCCGCGCCGAUUCUCUCACCUCGAGCUCUGUUGUUGCUGCGCCGCCGCCGCCGCCGCCGAUGCCCGCGGGCAAGGUCGGCGAUGUCACGCCCGAGAGCUUCCAGAAGUCGGCGUUCUACCACUAG